AUGCAGAAGGGGAUCCGGCUGAACGAUGGCCACGUCGCGUCUCUGGGACUGCUGGCGCGCAAGGACGGCACGCGCAAAGGCUACCUGAGCAAGCGGAGUUCGGACAACACAAAAUGGCAAACCAAGUGGUUCGCGCUGCUGCAGAACCUGCUCUUCUACUUCGAGAGCGACUCGAGCUCGCGGCCCUCGGGGCUCUACCUGCUGGAGGGCUGCGUCUGCGACCGCGCGCCCUCCCCCAAGCCUGCGCUCUCGGCCAAGGAGCCGCUGGAGAAACAGCAUUAUUUCACGGUCAACUUCAGCCACGAGAACCAGAAAGCCCUGGAGCUGAGGACAGAGGAUGCCAAGGAUUGUGAUGAGUGGGUGGCAGCCAUCGCUCACGCCAGCUACCGGACUCUGGCCACGGAGCAUGAGGCGCUGAUGCAGAAGUACCUGCACCUGCUGCAGAUCGUGGAGACAGAGAAGACGGUGGCCAAGCAGCUGCGGCGGCAGAUCGAGGACGGGGAGACCGAGAUCGAGCGGCUGAAGGCAGAGAUCGCGUCCCUGCUCAAGGACAAUGAGCGCAUCCAGUCCACCCAGACCGUCACCCCCAACGAUGAGGACAGCGACAUCAAGAAGAUCAAGAAGGUGCAGAGCUUCCUACGGGGCUGGUUAUGUCGGCGCAAGUGGAAGACCAUCAUCCAGGACUACAUCCGCUCACCCCACGCCGACAGCAUGCGCAAGAGGAACCAGGUGGUGUUCAGCAUGCUGGAGGCCGAGGCCGAAUACGUGCAGCAGCUGCACAUCCUGGUCAACAAUUUCCUGCGCCCGCUGCGGAUGGCAGCCAGCUCCAAGAAGCCCCCCAUCACACACGAUGACGUCAGCAGCAUCUUCCUGAACAGCGAGACCAUCAUGUUCCUGCACCAGAUCUUCUACCAAGGCCUGAAGGCCCGCAUCUCCAGCUGGCCCACCCUGGUCCUGGCGGACCUGUUCGACAUCCUGCUGCCCAUGCUGAACAUCUACCAGGAGUUCGUCCGCAACCACCAGUACAGCCUGCAGAUCCUGGCGCACUGCAAGCAGAACCGCGACUUCGACAAGCUGCUGAAGCACUACGAGGCCAAGCCCGACUGCGAGGAGCGCACCCUGGAGACCUUCCUCACCUACCCCAUGUUCCAGAUUCCCAGGUACAUCCUGACGCUGCAUGAGCUCCUGGCUCACACCCCUCAUGAGCAUGUGGAGCGCAACAGCCUGGACUACGCCAAAUCCAAACUGGAGGAACUGUCCAGGAUAAUGCAUGACGAAGUGAGUGAGACGGAGAACAUCCGGAAAAACCUCGCCAUUGAGCGCAUGAUUAUUGAAGGCUGCGAGAUCCUGCUGGAUACCAGCCAGACUUUUGUGAGACAAGGCUCCCUCAUCCAGGUGCCCAUGUCUGAGAAGGGCAAGAUCACCAGGGGCCGCCUGGGGUCUCUCUCCCUGAAGAAGGAGGGCGAGCGGCAGUGUUUCCUGUUCUCCAAGCAUCUGAUUAUCUGCACCAGGGGCUCUGGUGGGAAGCUCCACCUGACCAAGAAUGGGGUCAUCUCCCUCAUCGACUGCACCCUGCUGGAGGACCCAGAGAACACGGAGGAAGACGCCAAAGGAUCCAACCAAGACAUAGACCACUUGGAUUUUAAGAUCGGGGUGGAGCCCAAGGAUUCCCCGCCUUUCACGGUCAUUCUUGUGGCCUCGUCCAGACAGGAGAAGGCGGCGUGGACCAGUGACAUCAGCCAGUGUGUGGAUAACAUCCGGUGCAACGGGCUGAUGAUGAAUGCAUUCGAGGAGAACUCCAAGGUCACCGUGCCGCAGAUGAUCAAGUCCGACGCCUCCUUGUACUGCGAUGACGUGGACAUUCGCUUUAGCAAGACCAUGAACUCCUGCAAAGUGCUGCAGAUCCGCUACGCCAGCGUGGGGCGGCUGCUCGAGAGGCUGACGGACCUGCGCUUCCUGAGCAUCGACUUCCUCAACACAUUUCUGCACUCCUACCGCGUCUUCACCACCGCCGUCGUGGUCCUGGACAAGCUCAUCACCAUCUACAGGAAGCCCAUCAGCGCCAUCCCCGCCAGGUCGCUGGAGCUCUUGUUCGCCAGUGGUCAGAACAACAAGCUUCUAUAUGGUGACCCUCCCAAGUCCCCGCGCGCCACGCGCAAGUUCUCCUCACCGCCGCCCCUGUCCAUCACCAAGACGUCGUCCCCCAGCCGCCGGCGGAAGCUGUCCCUGAACAUCCCCAUCAUCACGGGUGGCAAGGCUCUGGACCUGGCCGCCCUCAGCUGCAGCUCCAACGGCUACACCAGCCUGUGCUCGGCCGUGUCGCCCUUCAGCAAGGCCACCUUGGACACCAGCAAGCUCUACGUGUCCAGCAGCUUUGCCAACAAGAUCCCGGACGAGAGCGACACGGCCGCUGAGAAGCCCGAAGAGCCCGCGGCUCUCAGCAAGCAGAGCUCAGACGUCUGCGUGAGGGAAGAGUCGGACAGCGACCAAAACCAGAGUGACGACGGUGACACGGAGGCCUCACCCACCAAGUCGCCAACGACGCCAAAGUCCAUCAAAAGCAAAAGUCCCUCAGAGUUCCCCCUCUUUUCCUACAACAACGGGGUUGUCAUGACCUCGUGUCGGGAACUGGACAACACGCGCAGUGCCCUGUCAGCGGCCUCUGCCUUUGCCAUAGCCACGGCGGGAGCCAACGAGAGCACCCCAAACAAGGAGAAGUACCGGAGGAUGUCCCUGGCCAGCACAGGGUUUCCCCCCGACCAGAGGAACGGGGACAAGGAGUUCGUGAUCCGCCGAGCAGCCACCAACCGCGUCCUGAACGUGCUCCGCCACUGGGUCUCCAAACACUCUCAGGACUUUGAGACCAACGACGAGCUCAGAUGCAAGGUGAUCAGCUUCCUGGAGGAGGUCAUGCACGACCCCGAGCUGCUGACCCAGGAGAGAAAGGCUGCGGCCAACAUCAUCAGGACGCUGACCCAGGAGGACCCGGGCGACAACCAGAUCACGCUGGAGGAGAUCACACAGAUGGCCGAAGGCGUGAAGGCAGAGCCCUUUGAAAACCACUCGGCCCUGGAGAUCGCGGAGCAGCUGACCCUGCUAGACCACCUCGUCUUCAAGAAGAUCCCUUAUGAGGAGUUCUUCGGACAGGGCUGGAUGAAACUGGAGAAGAACGAACGGACCCCUUACAUCAUGAAGACCACUAAGCAUUUCAAUGACAUCAGCAACUUGAUUGCUUCAGAAAUCAUCCGCAAUGAGGACAUCAAUGCAAGAGUGAGCGCCAUCGAGAAAUGGGUGGCCGUGGCCGACAUAUGCCGCUGCUUACACAACUAUAAUGCUGUGCUGGAGAUCACCUCGUCCAUGAACCGGAGCGCAAUAUUCCGGCUGAAAAAGACGUGGCUCAAAGUCUCUAAGCAGACAAAAGCUUUGAUUGAUAAGCUCCAAAAGCUUGUAUCAUCAGAGGGCAGAUUUAAGAAUCUGAGAGAAGCUCUGAAAAAUUGUGACCCCCCCUGUGUCCCUUACCUGGGGAUGUACCUCACCGACCUGGCCUUCAUCGAAGAGGGGACGCCCAAUUACACGGAGGACGGCCUGGUCAACUUCUCCAAGAUGAGAAUGAUAUCUCAUAUUAUCCGAGAGAUUCGCCAGUUUCAACAAACUGCAUAUAAAAUAGAACACCAAGUGAAGGUGACCCAGUACCUGCUGGACCGGUCCUUCGUGAUGGACGAGGAAAGCCUCUACGAGUCCUCUCUCCGCAUGGAGCCCAAACUGCCCACCUGAAGCCGGCCGGCCCCAGCCGCGCCACGGACACGCGCUGUGUGACGUUGUACAUAGUCGUCUGGUUCCUGGAUUUUCCUCUUUAGUAUGUGCUUCUCCAAGAACACCAGUCCGUUCUCGUUCUUAGAUUCCUGUAGACCGGAAUAGGCGCUCGGCUCCGUUUCCGACGUCACCCUUCCCCGCGUCCCGCAGCUCCUGGUUCUUUCCAACGACGACGUCCGAGUCUUCCCGGCCCCUCGCUCUCUCGGAAGGGAGGACGGAGCCCGUGCAGACGCGAGCCUGGGCACCGUCCUGCUUCCGGCCCGCCCCGGCCCCGGCCCCCGGGCUGCGUCCGCCCCCCACCCCCGGGUGCCCUCCCAGCAUGUUCCAUGUAGUUGUUCUAACUGGGGGGUGGGGGGAGGCGGGAGGGGACCGCACCCUGAAGUCCAGUCAUUCACAGAUCUUCCCGCUGACGGUGAUGCCAAUUUCCAAAGCAGCUUUUUCAGCCAAAAUCACAGGGGUCCAAGCUCCCCCGUCUCCCGGUAACCCGGACGGAGGGGUGUCCCCUCCACUGAGGACCAUGCCCCGUGACACCAGCACCACCACCUCGCGCCGGCACUGCGUGCUGCGCGCUCUAGGACUCACACCAGGUAGCAUGAGUAGCCGUCUCCGUGAACCCGGGCGAGGCCCCGGAGCACCCCGAGGGACAUGGAGUCACAACACCAGGUCGCGCUGGCCUGCACUGACCGCGGCCCGGCGUUCACUGCAAGUCGGGGACACAGAACACGUCACUCCUCCUCUCCUAGCUGCCCAAUGGUCACUCCAAGCUUCCGUUGAGAUGCUCUGAGUCUGUCUGCUUUGUGAAAAUAGUACCACACCGUAGAACUAGGGAAUCAAUAACCGAGUGUUUUUAUCGCAUAUACUGUGGUCCUGUCUGAGCGCCUUCUAGCAGGAAUAUAGUACCGUAGUGCUUAUUCUGUGAAUACUACCGUCGAUUUUUUACACUGUACAGUAGAGAGCGCGGGUUCACUCAAGCGGCAGGCAUGCUCAUGACGACAGACAAACAACUUUUGCUGUAAGCAAUACCUAGUGGUAUGAGAAUUCUAUUUCAAGUCCUACAAUAUUUCAACUUACAGCUUGUUUGGAAAAAAAAGAAAUUUCCAUUUUUGUAAAAAUAUAUGUUUCCUGAUUACCUCUUGCUAAUAAAUCUCUUCUAUCUCAGGGUGAA